AUGAGAAAAGGAUGCAGGAAAUUCUGUUGUUUACACAUGUGUCUGUAACACCGAGAAGCAAGAGGAGCCCAGAAAACUCAGAGGGAGUGAAAUUAGAUGAUGAAUCAAAAUAUGAACUUAGGCUCCAUUCAGAAACAAAUAGAGGAGACACACAUUUUUGGGACCCAACCAAGACAACCUUAUAAAUUAGGUGGAGGUUGCCAACCAGGUGACCAUCUAUGUAAUUUAAACCUGCCAUCUCAAAGUUUCUACCCAUAUUCAUCUCAUUAUACAUAUAUGCAUAUGAAUUACAGCAGUGAUUGGGAAAUUUUUGAAGCAGUAAAAAUUCAGGAAUUGGAAGAAGUCAAAGCCAGAGCUGCCCAAAUGGAGAAGACCAUGCGCUGGUGGUCAGAUUGCACUGCUAACUGGCGAGAGAAAUGGAGCAAAGUUAGAGGAGAAAGAAAUAAAGCCCAAGAGGAAGCAAGGCAAUUGAGAAUCAAAUUAGACAGUGCGAUAAAAGAAAUAAGUAUGCUUAAAAAAAUAAAUCAAAAUUUAAUAAGUGAGAAGGAAAACUUAGAAAAUGGAACUGGCUGGAAAACAGAAUGCAGUUGCUCAGAAAUAUAUUAUGGUAAAAAAGACGGAAACCUGUUAACAUUUCUGGAGACAGAACCUGUGAAAGAACUGAGCAAAAUCAUCAAAAUUCCUGCGACAGAAGACACAAAGAAGGAUGCAGAGGCAAACAAAAACCAAAGCAAUCACAAUAAAAAAAUCAUUCCAAAGCCCCCUGAUUUCUUCCCUGAUGGACUUCCCAGUAUCUAUUUGGAGGAACCUAAAAAAAGUUUGGACACUAAAGCUAAGACAACUGAGAAUGACUUAAUACAUGUUUCAGUCUUACAUUUGCAUUUGGCUGAGAUUAAGAAAAUCUUACAGAAGGAAAGAGAAAUGAAUGCAUUUCUGGAGAAAGAAAUGGAAAAGAUGGAAAAUGAAUUAUUUCUUUAUAAAUGGAAAUAUGAAGAACUGAGGCACACCAAACUAGAAAGCCUGAAACAGCUGGAAAGAAUGCAGUGUGAGAAUACCUCUGAAUGGGGAAAGAGAGAACGACUUGAAGCAGAAAAACAGAGUUUGGAAGAACAGACUAGAAAACUGAAACUGCAGAGUAAGGAGAUGGAAGAAAGUGAACACAGGAUUUGGGAUCAGACAAAAUUCCUUGUAUGUUGCUGGAGAUUCUCCCAGGACAGUGAGUGAAGAUGUGAGGGAUCAUCAAACAGCCCUGCCAGCAGCAAGACCAACACUAAAGAGGAGAGGCAAACAAUUUAUAUUCUUCAUAAAGACUUACAUGAAAAUGUAAUUGAAGAAGUGCAUGUUGGACAUAUAUAGGAACACUGCAAGCAUUGUUUCUAUGUAUUACUUUUUUUUUUUUUAAUAGGAAUAAAGGAAACUAUGUCAGCGGGUACAAAUUUAGAAUUUUUCUUGGCCAUUAUCUGUCCUUCCUUUCCAGUUGUCCUAAUGGCUCUAUUAUAAAGCAAAAUGUGGACUUUAAUUAACAUGUCCUAUAUUUCACCUUUGGGAAAUGUACUUUAGAAUGUGCAUGACAUAUGAGAGAGGUUCACAUUCUGUCCUGCAAAGACAGUAAGUCUGAAGUAGAAGUCAAAGGUUUGCUUCUUGCUUUGCUCCUGCAUUUUGCUUUCAUAUAGCAGUGAUCAAAUACAUCUGUAU